GCAAUUCUCUAAUCCCGUGGCCAGCGAUCCAGGGUGCCGUGGUAGGCCUCCAGAUAACCGAUAUACAGGAAGUUGCUACGAGAACUGUAUGUCGUUCAGAUACACACUGAACAACACAGGGAAGAAUAAUCCACCCUGAGCUACCCUAGCCCGCAUGUUACGACAUGUGUAUGUAGCAGGCUGGAAGGAUGUUUGGAACCAGUGGCAGUCAUAUUAUGAGAAUAUGGUCUUCGUUAUGUAGGACGGGCAGAUUAGGUUGGUUAGUUUUGACCCACAUGGCUUCGAAAGCUUUAGCCACAUCUAUGAAAACAGCGCCGGUUAGCAGCUUCUCGUCAAAGUUUCUGUUGACCCUUUCAACAAGGUCGACCAAGUACAACGUCGUCCUGUGUCUGGGUGGAAAAAACACACUGGUCGUCACACAGCAGCCAGCGUUCAUUUAGUUCCCGGAGGAUCCUGGUUCGAACUCGACGAACUUGCUGACAGAGUCAAGAAGACGGAAUUCUUCAGGCCUGUUUCUACUAGGCCAUUCGCUACAUUUAUACGGCGCUGUGGCCCCGCCGUUACCACUCUGUGACCUCCAGCCGGAAGAGACAAUUAGCAACCUAUGUUACCCAAGCGGACAGGAAAGGUGCCUAAUGUUACGAAGUUUGACGCAUCAUUUUUUGGGAUUAACUACAAACAGGCGCACAUUAUGGACCCAAUUUGUCGUUUGCUGCUGGAAAGAACAUAUGAGGCGAUUGUGGAUGCAGGUGUCAACCCUCAUUUCUUAAAGGGACAGAAGAUUGGAGUUUUUGUAGGUGCAAGCAUUAAUGAGACAGAAAGUGUUUGGUUCUAUGAGAGGCCCCAUGAAAAUGGAUACGGUCUCACAGGUUGUGCUCGAGCUAUGUAUGCUAACCAAAUAUCCUACUGGCUUGGCAUCACUGGACCUAGUUAUGCAGUGGAAUCAGCAUGUUCAUCAAGUGCGUGUGCAUUUGAACAGGCGUAUAGGUCCAUUUGCAAUGGAUCUUGUGAAUCUGCUAUUGUGAGUGGCUCACACCUUUGUCUUCAUCCUUACAUAAGUCUUCAGGUCUCAUGCCUUGGUAUAUUAAGCCCUGAAGGCUGUUGCAGGCCCUUCGACAAAUACGGUAAUGGCUUUGCACGGAGUGAGGCCAUCUGUGUGAUGUUUCUGCAGAAGGCUUGCCAUGCAAAGCGUGUAUAUGCUAUGGUGGUGCAUGCCAAGACGAUCAAUGAGGGCUUCAACAGUCUGGGAAUAAUGUGUCCCUCUGGAGAUAUGAAUAAAGUGUUAUUGGAAAAGUGUUAUCAGGAGUGUGGUGCUGAUACCAGUGCACUAGAGUACAUUGAAGCACAUGGAACUGCAACCAAGGUUGGAGAUGCUGAAGAACUGAAAGGCAUAACCCUUGCAUUCUGUAAAGAUAGGAAGACACCACUUCUGAUAGGGUCAUUUAAGUCCAACAUGGGGCACCCUGAGGGGGCAUCAGGUCUUUGUGGUAUUACCAAAGUGAUCAUUGCAAUGGAGACUGGCUUUAUCCCUCCAAAUCUGCAUUACAUCAAUCCCAGAGAAGAUGUGGAAUCACUUGUAAAUGGGCAAUUAAAGGUUGUGAAUGAGACGAUGCCUUGGAUUGGCAACCUUGCAGGAGUCAGCUCACUUGGUUUUGGAGGAUCAAAUACCCACAUCAUACUACAGCGGAAUCAGAAGAACAAAGUAAAUGGUGGGGCUCCUGAUGACAUUAUUCCUCGACUUGUUAUUGCAUCUGGGCGCACAGAAGAGGCAGUCGAUGUCAUCCUUACAAAUUUUGAAAGCAGGCCAGUUGAUGCAGAAUUUGUGUACCUGAUGCAUGAUCUUCAGUCAACAGAAAUUGUUGGCCAUAAGUACCGUGGGUACACACUUCUUACACAAGAUGGUAGAAAGCUGCGGAGUGUUAAUUAUUAUCCUGGAAGCAAACGACCUGUCUGGUUUGUGUUCACUGGCAUAGGUUCACAGUGGCCAGGUAUGGGAAAGUCCCUCCUGAAACUUCCUGUUUUUGCAUCAGCCAUUGACAAGUGCCAGCAAGCUCUCAAACCUCAUGGUGUUGAUGUGAUCAGUAUCAUUACAUCUGAUGAACCCAGGAUCCUUAAUAACAUCCUCAAUUGUUUUGUGGGUAUUGCAGCCUGCCAGAUAGGGCUGGUGGAUGUCAUGAGAGCAGUGGGAAUUGAGCCCGAUGGCAUUGUGGGCCACUCAGUGGGGGAGUUGGGUUGUGGCUACAUGGAUGGUUGCCUCACAGCAGAGCAGAUGGUGCUGGCAGCAUACUACUGUGGCCGGGCAGCCCUAGAAGCAGAGCUCAUCAAAGGCAUGAUGGCUGCAGUUGGUCUGGGAGCUGAGCAAGCCAAGAAAUUGUGUCCACCUGAUAUUGAGGUGGCAUGCCAUUAUGGUCUUAACUUCUGCAUGUUAUCAGGACCAGUUGAGUCUAUGAAGAAGUUCGUGGAAAUGUUGCAGCAUCGAGGCAUAUUCACCAGAGAAGUGAACUGUGCCAACAUUGCUCUCCACAGCAAUUACAUGUCAUUGGCUGCGCCUCUCCUACUUAAAUAUCUGAAGCAGUUGAUUCCACGCCCAAAGCCCCGGUCUUCCCGUUGGGUGAGCUCUUCAGUGCCACAAUAUCAAUGGAACACUCUACUGGCAAUGCAUGCAUCAGCUGAGUAUCACAUCAAUAACCUACUUAAUGCAGUGCUUUUCAAGGAGGCAUCACAACACAUUCCACAUAAUGCCAUCACCAUUGAGAUUGCUCCACAUGGUCUCCUGCAGCCCAUACUGGAAUGUUCACUCAACAAAGGCAUCACCCACAUUGCCAUUACUCAGCAAGGUCACCCUGACUGCACCGGGUGGCUGCUCACUGCAUUGGGCAAGUGGGUAUAUUCUUAGUAUUUGGGAAUGAAAUAGCUGAUCAGCAUUAGAUUCUAGCAUGAUAUAAACUCUAUUUAAUAAUCUUUAUAAUUUGGAAGUAGAGGAUU